AACAAUAACAAAAUAUAUAUACAUAUAUGUAUAUAUAUACAGAAAUAAAAAAAACAAAACCAACAGGAGAGGGCGAAAAAAAUUAUGUCAAUUGCUGUAACAAUACUGAAAAGAAACAAACAUUAUUGCCACACAUACACGCACACUUUGACACAUUUAUAUACACUCACAUGUAAACUUGAUCAAAUAUACAGACACUGAGCCGGAUAUAGACUCACGGAGAAACGUGUACAUAUACAUACACAAAGACACAUAUACAUAUGUUAAUGAUUUUUCUCUUUAUUUUUUUUAUCUGUAUGCAUGUAUGGAAGGGAGGAUCUGUUUUUAGUUUGUGUAGCAGGCUUCAUAUCAUUAAAAACUAAAGCUUGGAUUAGUCAAAGGGCAAAAAAAAAUCUUGUCUUUUUGGAAAUUUGACAAAAUUAUCUCAGAUAAGAAAAGCAAUCAGAAGAAAUAGGGAAAUUACAAAUCUGAAUAAUCAGAGCAAGAGAAGGUGAUUUCUUCAACAUAACUCACAUCAAUAUUUGAAAGUAAUUUUGAGAAUUUUAAAAGGAUAAUAAUGGAGGAUCAGUCCCUUAACUGCUACGUUGACCAUUUUGAACAGAAAUUCACGAUUAGUAGACCAAGAUACACUCGUUCAGAUCUGAUUGCAAAUGUAGAUUACGAAAGAGUGGACCGCUCUUGUAACUUUGCUGAAGAUGUUUCUAUCAAAGAGCAAGUCUCUCAUUCUGUGGAGAGUACCCCAGUUGCCGCAAUGAAAGCAAAUCCUGCUGAUGGAAAUGAUGCAAUGAAAGAUCAAGCUUUCUAUACAAACGAAACCUUUCCAGGUGUUGAUAGGUUUGAAAAUUUCUUGCUCGACUCAGAUAUCCACAAAGAUAAGGUGAUUGUAAAAGCUAGAGAUUUUGUUGAGGGAGAAGUUGUGCAUCAGGAAACAAUUGAAAUAUUGCUCAAAACUCAAAAGAAUAUUGAAGUUGAUAUUGAUGAAAUGCAAGCUGAUGAUAAAGCUAAGGAGACAGCUACAACAAGUUUAUACAUCAACCCUGAAAAAAAUAUUGAAAAGAGUCUUCAGAAAAUGCAAGCAGGUGGUAGAGAUACGUCACCUGCAGUAAGAAAUUUAGCCCUCAGUCAUAAAUUUGGAACUGAAGCCGAUUUAAGGAUAAAAGAUAUCAAGUCUGCAAAGACUGUUGAAGUAGGAAUUAGUCCAAGACAAGCUGGUAGUAGUGACACACCAAAUGCGAGCAAAAGUUUAGCCUUUACACCUAAACUUAGAACUGAAGCUGAAUUAGGUGUUAACACUCUCAGAUCUGAAAAGAAUAUUGAAAGUAGUGUUGGUCUAAAACAAGUUGGUGGUAUGGAUACAUCAACUGAAUCCAAGAAUUUAAGCUACACUCCAAAGUUAAGAACUGAAACAGAAUUAGGAAUUAAAAAUCUCAAAUCUGAGAAAGCAAUUGGCGUUGGGGUUGAUUCAAGACAAGCAGGUGGUCUAGAUACGUCGACUGAAUCAAAGAAUUUACAAUAUACUUCGAAAUUCGGAACUGAAGCAGAGUUAGAAGUUAAAAAACUCACAUCUGAGAAAACUGUUGGCAUUGGAAUUGAUUCAAGACAAGCAGGUGGUAUGGAUACAUCGAUUGAAUCCAAGAAUUUAAGCUACACUCCGAGAUUCGGAACUGAAGCAGAGUUAGAAGUUAAAAAACUCACAUCUGAAAAAACUGUUGGCAUUGGAAUUGAUUCAAGACAAGCAGGUGGUAUGGAUACAUCGAUUGAAUCCAAGAAUUUAAGCUACACUCCGAGAUUCGGAACUGAAGCAGAGUUAGAAGUUAAAAAACUCACAUCUGAAAAAACUGUUGGCAUUGGAAUUGAUUCAAGACAAGCAGGUGGUAUGGAUACAUCGAUUGAAUCCAAGAAUUUAGCCUACACUCCGAGAUUCGGAACUGAAGCAGAAUUAGAAGUUAAAAAUCUUAAAUCUGAGAAAACAGUUGGUGUUGGAGUUGAUUCAAGACAAGCUGGUGGUAUAGAUACAUCAAUUGAAUCCAAGAAUUUAACAUACACUCCGAAAUUUGGAACUGAAGCAGAAUUAGAAGUUAAAAAACUCACAUCUGAGAAAACUGUUGGCAUCGGAAUUGAUUCAAGACAAGCAGGUGGUAUGGAUACAUCGAUUGAAUCCAAGAAUUUAACAUACACUCCAAAAUUCGGAACUGAAGCAGAACUGGAAAUUAAAAAACUCACAUCUGAGAAAACUGUUGGCUUUGGAAUUGAUCCAAGACAAGCUGGUGGUAUAGAUCCUUCGACUGAGUUGAAGAAUUUAAGUUACGCUCCUCCGAGAUUUGGAACUGAAGCAGAAUUAGAAGUUAAGAAUCUCAAAUCUGAGAAAACAGUUGGCGUUGGGGUUGAUUCAAGACAAGCAGGUGGCAUGGAUACAUCGAUUGAAUCCAAGAAUUUAGCCUACACACCGAGAUUUGGAACUGAAGCAGAAUUAGAAAUUAAGAAUCUCAAAUCUGAGAAAACAGUUGGCGUUGGAGUUGAUUCAAGACAAGCAGGUGGUAUAGACGCAUCAAUUGAAUCCAAGAAUUUAAGCUACACUCCGAAAUUCGGAACUGAAGCAGAAUUAGAAAUUAAGAAUCUCAAAUCUGGGAAACCAGUUGGUGUUGGAGUUGAUUCAAGACAAGCAGGUGGUAUAGAUACAUCGAUUGAAUCCAAGAAUUUAGCCUACACACCGAGAUUUGGAACUGAAGCAGAAUUAGAAAUUAAGAAUCUCAAAUCUGAGAAAACAGUUGGCGUUGGAGUUGAUUCAAGACAAGCAGGUGGUAUAGACGCAUCAAUUGAAUCCAAGAAUUUAAGCUACACUCCGAAAUUCGGAACUGAAGCAGAAUUAGAAAUUAAGAAUCUCAAAUCUGAGAAAACAGUUGGCGUUGGAGUUGAUUCAAGACAAGCAGGUGGUAUAGAUACAUCGAUUGAAUCCAAGAAUUUAAGCUACACUCCGAAAUUCGGAACUGAAGCAGAAUUAGAAAUUAAGAAUCUCAAAUCUGAGAAAACAGUUGGUGUUGGAGUUGAUUCAAGACAAGCAGUGGUAUAGAUACAUCGAUUGAAUCCAAGAAUUUAAGCUACACUCCGAAAUUCGGAACUGAAGCAGAAUUAGAAAUUAAGAAUCUCAAAUCUGAGA